UGUAAUACUGUUCCAAUGACAGCAGCUAUCUGUCUACUAUCUAUCUGUCUAUCUAUCUAUACCCGAUCUCCAUUAUCAUGAAGCUCCGCAGACCCAGCCCAAUGCGGGUCAGUCUAAGUCAUACCCGGUACGGCAAUUGACCACAGAGUUUGCUCCGUCUUGAUACUCCCCCAGCUUUCUCCCUCUGCUUGCUACCCUGUGCCCCUCUUUGAUUUACUCUGUGCCCCUAUCCCCCACCAGUCCGUAUAACCACAAUAUACAACAUGGAGACCGAUCCCGGAUUCAUCGCCGCUGUCGAGGAAGCCAAGCUGGGUGCGGCCGAGGGUGGUGUGCCUAUUGGAGCUGCCUUGGUCUCCAAAGACGGGAAGAUCCUGGGCCGUGGUCACAAUAUGCGUGUCCAGAAGGGCAGCCCAGUAUUGCAUGCUGAGAUGUCCGCGCUCGAGAACUCCGGUCGUCUGCCCGCCUCGGCCUACGAAGGUGCCACCAUGUACACCACCCUGUCGCCUUGCGACAUGUGCACUGGUGCCUGCAUACUCUACAAGGUGAAGCGCGUGGUCAUCGGCGAGAACAAGAGCUUCAUGGGCGGGGAGGAGUAUCUCAAGAACCGCGGCAAGGAGGUCGUGGUGUUGGAUAAUGAGGAGUGCAAGCACCUGAUGGAGAACUUUAUGAAGGAAAAGCCUGAGCUUUGGAACGAGGACAUUGCCGUCUAAGUUUAAACCGCAAAUGGCGGGCGCCAGUGCCAAUUAAACUGCAGACCUCCUAUGUAUAUAUCCAGAAACUGCAAGCCAAUAAUGGACAUGCGGAGCAUCACUUUAAACCGUCAGACGGUGGAUCUCCUCGAAGAAGAACUUGAGAUCAUCCGGGUUGACGAAAGGAGUCA